AUGUAUUCCACUACACCGGUGCUUAUUCUGCUGCUGUCAAGGUUUAUUCAUUCUGCGUAUGGAUUCUCCUUCAACUCGGUGACAACGAGUGGCAUCACGAUUCAGUCAUCACCAGCAUGUGAUGAUGAUGAUGUCGAGUUUGGUCGUCGAGCUUUUGUCCAAUCGACCCUGGCGUCAGCCUUCUUGGUGGCAACUACAACUUCACCUGCGCAUGCAUCAUACAUUGAUCCAACCACGAAUCCCCCUGAAAUCACAAAACGCGUCUUCAUCGAUGUCUUGAUCAAUGGCAAGGGUGAAUACAGAAUAGAGAUCGGACUUUUUGGUGAACUCAUGCCACGCACUGUCGACAACUUUGCAAAGCUAUUUGAAUCAAACGCAUAUGCAGGAACCGACUUUUAUCGGGUGCUUUCGGACUUUUCAAUUCAAGGUGGGGCAAUCGGAGACCCAUCCGGCAAAACAGGACAAUCCUCUUUGGAUGGAGGGAAACCAUUUGAGCCUGACAACUUCAAUCUAAAACACACGAAGGAAGGCCUAGUGUCAGCUGUUCGCGGAUUGGACGGUAGGAUCGACUCUCGCUUCUUUAUCAAUUGCAAGGAUGAUGCAGGAUGGGCUGAUGACCGCUAUGCCGCAUUCGGUAUAGUUCUUGGAAACGGAAUGGAUGUCGUCAAGCGCAUCGAGAAAGUACCUGUGAAACCUCCAAAAAACAGCCCAUUGAACGAAGUUAGGAUCUUGAAAAGCGGUGCCCUUUGA